ACUCCACUCCACUACAUCACACAUCAACACCAAGCAUACACUACUCCAUAUCAUCCAAAUCCAAUUAAAUAAGAAGAAAAAGAUUGACAUCAUGUACUUCCAAUCUCUCCUCCUCACCCUCGCCGCAUCCAUCACCCUCGUCUCAGCCGGCGACUACUACUGUCCCUUUGCGCAGGACAACUCGGGCCUGAUUCAGCAGCCGUAUUGCUGUGAUUCGUUUACGGAUUCGAAGGGGAGUUCGGUGGCGAAGGAGGGGCAGAAUUGCCAGUCGAUGACAUCUUGGGUGGAUGAGUGUCCGCAGGGAGGGUCGGUGAAGUGUUGUUAUACGAUUGGACCGGUGUAUAUCUGUACGGCGGAGGCGAAGCAGAGUGAUGAUUAGGAUAUACUAUCAGAUGAGCUAUAUAUGAUGGAUGGAUGAAGUGUCCUGGAGAAAGAGGUAUGCUUAUAGACGAUAUAAAAUGAUCAAUGAAAAUACCAACCCAAUAUCCCAACAUAUCAUAUCAUACAGCACACACCAUAUAAUACACUCACG